CUGGGCUCCAGUCUGAAGACACACAGGCAGGCAGGCACAGCGCGGACGGACUACAGUGGAUCCGAGAUGCGGAGAGCUGGACGAUGAGAGAAAGUGGAGUCAGACGCACUGAGCUGCAGCGAUAAGACCGCGCGCCGCAAAAUGAAGACACCUAUGCGCCAUGGGAUAGCCGUGCUCCUCGUGCUCCUCCUGUGCGCCAGCUUGUUCCUCGUGUACAACGGCAGCUUCAACGGUGCUUCCAGGGACGCGAACGAGACUCACACCCGACCGCAUGAGCAGCUGCCCACUGAAAACACCGUCAGGGUGGCCAAGCCUCAUCCCCCGGUCCUCCAGGGAUACAGCGGCAUCAUCGACCAUAAGCCUCCCAGGAUGCACUGUCAAACCUGCGCCCUGGUGACGAGCUCGGGUCACCUCAUCGGAGGCGGUCGGGGGGAAGAGAUCGACCGAGCCGAGUGCGUCAUCCGCAUGAACGACGCACCCACGGCCCGGGGUUACGCCCGAGACGUCGGCCGCCGCACCUCCCUGCGCGUCAUCGCUCACUCCAGCAUGCAGAGGGUCCUGCGGAGUCGCCACGAGCUGCUCAACGCCAGCCAGGACACGGUGUUCAUCUUCUGGGGCCCCAGCAGCUACAUGAGGCGUGACGGGAAGGGCCUGGUGUACAACAACCUGAGGCUGAUGAACCAGGUGCUGCCCAAACUCAAAGUCUACAUCAUCUCCUGGCAGAAGAUGCUGCAGUUUGACGAGCUCUUCAAGAAGGAGACCGGCAAGGACAGAAGGAUAUCGAACUCCUGGCUGAGCACCGGCUGGUUCACUAUGACCAUCGCCCUGGAGCUGUGCGAUAGGAUCAAUGUCUACGGCAUGGUUGCCCCUGACUUCUGCAGGGAGCCUCAGCACCACUCCGUCCCUUACCACUACUACGAGCCACGUGGUCCAGAUGAGUGCGCCAUGUACAUUUCUCAUGAGCGCGGCCGGCGGGGCAGCCACCACCGCUUCAUCACAGAGAAGCGGGUCUUCGCUAACUGGGCUCGGACUUUUGACAUCCACUUCUACCAGCCGGACUGGAGCCCCCCGCCUCUCCCAACCAACUGUACGCUGGAGGGGACGGUCACAGCGGCGGCCCUUGUCCUCCAGAAGACGUGACCUGUAACUGUGGUGAAAAACAUGCCCACAGAGAUUCAUCUAAGAAAGACUACAGAUGGGGAAUGUUUGCAUUGAGCUGGACCUUUAACAACCUUGUAAAGUGAGUUUAUACAAGGAGGCAACAUCAUCAACAACUCUCAAUGCAUGCAUGCAGUGUCUUACUGCGGAUCCUGGUCGUCUCUGUAAGUGUGUGUGGGAGUGUGUAUGCGCUGUAUGUUUACCUAAGGGCUCUCCACAAAGCCUCUGCUGGAUGGAGGAUAUUUGCAGGACUCACUGCGAGAGAAAAAUACCAUCACAAUGUCCGUAAUUGAACAAUGUAGUGCCGGAGUGUAAGGUGAAUACUUUAGUGUAGUUAGUGUGAAAACAUCACUGUUACGAUUCAUAUUCUUCUGCUGUGUUCAAAGAUUGAAGAAGGAGAUUCUUUCGACCCCUGCGUCGUGCAACAAAAGCUUUCAGACGUGUGCAUUGUAAGCUCACAAGUGUCACCCAAGUCAAACUUUGCAAUGCAGCACUUCUUGGCUGAGUGACAAGUGUGUACUAUUAAAUGGGAAGUUUUGUGUGUGUGUGUGUGCCUCCCCGGCCUUGUACGUAUGUAUCAUAAGGCUGUGUCAGCUUCUGUCACCACUUAAUAGCGCAAUUUAUACAGCUACACGCCGGAUCUCCAUGUAAAUGCACGGCCGUGUCACACAAGACAAGUGGGAGAUUAAAACGAGAGCAGGGAUGCAGCGGCGCCAUCCAUCCUACUCUACAGUCUUCAUCGGCUGCCGGAAUCGCCUCGCAGGAGAAUUAAGGUUUUUUUUUGUUAAACUGAUGAGUAUGUGAUGUGUCGGACUUCUCCUCUUCUCCGUUGUGUUUUAUGUGCACUCUCCUCUCAUUUGAUGGAGUACAUGCUGCCUGUAGAGUAGACCAUCCUCUAUCCUACACUUUCUCCUCCAUGAAUAAGAAUCGGGCGUCUGGAGAAAGUGAUGAGACGUGUGGUUAUCUUAAUGGUACAUCCCGGUGCUAAGCCCUUAUUGAUUUUGCCCUCAUCUCUGUAAUGUAAGUAAUGAGAGGAGGAAUGCUGCGGGUCAGAUACAUACCGUAGGUGCUUGACGUGAUUACAGGAGCGGUGCUACUGCAGCUGUAGUCCUGCUGCUGAAGCAAACGCCAAGAUGUGCGUUUGUUUUCCACACACUCGGCUGUGCACAACGUUCUGCAUUAGCAGAGUGAUAAGCACAGUCACAGUGCGUCUUUUGAGGCUGUAACUACCGGCUAUUUUCAUUUUAGAUUAAUUGUUUGGUCUAUAAAAUGUCAAAGAAUAGUCACAAGUUCCCGAAGCCUGAAGGUACUGGCAGUGAUCUAAAACAGGGAAACGCAGCAAAUCCUCACAUUUGACAAGGUGACACCGGAGGAAUAUUUGCUUCAUGAAUAACUUGAAGUAACAUGAUUACUCCCACAUGCAGAGAUUUAGGGGAAAAGUUUGAUGCAUCUCUGAAGCCAGCAGCUGGUUAGCGUAGCCUAGCAUAAAGUGGAAAUUUAAAUGCAAAAAUGGACAAUUUACUGUUUUACUGCCUAACAGUUUCACAACUCCAGGAGGUUUCUGGCACUUACGAAGAAAUACAACAUAAUGAUGAUCAAAUUGUCGUUUUUACACAGACACUAGUUUCCGUGAGGAUAAAACAAACUAAUUAAAGCUUUAAAAAGGUGCUGGUAGGUGGAUUUUGCUGGUACAAUUUUGACAGACUUGUACUUUACUUGAGUAUUUCCAUGUUCUGAUUCUAUUGUAGUUAAUACUCCACUUAUUCUAUUUGACACUUCGGCUCCACAUUGACGAACUAGAACCUUAUAAAGCUGUUACAUGAAGUUGGUAGUGAUAAAAAUGUAAUGUAUUAUCCUAACGUCUUGAAGGGAGCCUCUGCAGAAUGAGAACGUUUACUUUUGAUACUUUAAGUACAUUUAGCUUUUAAUACUUGUAUAAUUGUACUUAAGCAACAUCUGGAAUUUAGGAUUUUAACUUGUAAUGGAGUAUUUUUAGUUGGUAAUUAGACUUUUACUUAAAGGAUGUGAGUUAUGCUAAGCUAAGCUAACCAGCUGCUGACUCCAGCCACAUAUUUCCUGUACACACAUGACAGUGGUAUCAAUGUGAACAUGCAACUCACAGCAAGAAAGUGCGUUUCUCACAAUGUCAAAUGUUCUUUUUAAACUUAAUUGUUUCCAAUUAAUUUCUGUUUGACUAAUUUCAGCUUUGAUGUUAAUCGGUUUUUAUUUUUGCACAUGUUGGACAUGAAUCAUUCCACUUAAUAAAAUACUUUUUAUCAACGUUA